AUGCCAGACCAAUAUGCUCCUCCACCAGGUCCACCGCCGUCUCAUGUUCAGCAACCAUAUCACGACGUAACAGAUCAGGCGCAAACAGCCCCUUCAUCCGCACCACCUCCAAACCAAUACAACCCACCACCCCAAGCACCCCCAUCCCAACCCUACGAAUAUGAUUACUCCUACGUCAAACCACCACCCGGCCCUCCCCCAAAAGACCAGCCCUAUCACGACUGGGAAACCGCCGUCCCAGACACCUCUCUGCUCCCCCCUCCACCCUCCAUGGGCAACCAACGGAGCGCAACAAACAAUGCGACAGAGCAAGAAGCAGAGCAGGGAGAAGCAUGGUGUCUCCAACACCCUUUCACACCUCCCAUGACGGUUCCGCAUGAACUGCUAAUGGCGCUUGACAGAGGGGACGUCGGGGUCAUCAAGCCUCGCGGGUAUCGCGGAGAUCUGACGCGCACUCGACAAGGCGUCUGGGCCGGGAACACCAAGAGUACUAGUCCCGAUACCUCGAUCUCGUCUGCGAAUCCCGUGUAUUCGGUUUACGCUCACUCUCCGCUUAAUACGGGUCGGCCAAGAACGAUUUACUAUGAAGUUAGGAUAUCGAAAAGGAAUAGAUCAGAGGUGAGCCUAGCGUUGGGAUAUGCCGCUCCUCCGUACCCAACGUUUCGACUCCCGGGAUGGCAUAGAGGCUGUCUGGCAGUCCACGGGGAUGAUGGGAGUAAAUAUAUCAACGACCGCUGGGGAGGUAAGGAUUUCACACAGCCGUUCAAGCCUGGUGAGACGAUUGGACUUGGUAUGACUUUCACGGCAAGAGAUACCAAUGCUCCGCCUGGAUAUGACGGUCCAAGGACCAACGACCAGAGGCCCUUGGAUGUCGAAAUAUUUUUAACGCGGGAGGGACAGAGAUCAGGUGGUUGGAAUUUACAUGAAGAAGGAGAUGCUGAAGAGGAUUUACCGGUUGUGGGCUUGGAAGGGUUGAAUGAUCUUUACGCUGUUAUUGGGACGUUUGAUCAAGUGGAGUAUAAGCUGAUCUUCGCUCCGACUGAAUGGAUGUAUCGUCCUUAG